AGAAGCAACAUGUGGAAGUAGUUUUUAAAUUUCGAACGGCCCAAGUGCCAUUUCUGUUUGAACAAAAAAUUGGAAAUUUUCAAAAUUUUCCCAUCAAGAUUUCCGCCUAAUAACAACGGCCCCCACGGCCAUCCAAAGACUUUCUUUUUUUGGGUUUUAGGUCUCUCUCUCCCUUUCAAACAAAGCAAAAGCAUGGCUUCAAGAAUAACCCUCGGAUAAGUGAUAAACCAAAAACCGGAGUUUUAAGACUCAAGACAUCAAUCGGAUUACGCACCAUCCAAACCCAAGAUAGCAAUGCUGAAACCAUCUCCUCGAAACCCCAAUUACCUAGUCCCACCGCUCUUACCGCCACCACCGUCAUCGCCGCCUCCGCCUUCACCGCCGCCGCCUCCGUCUCUCACCAAGCCCAACCAGUUUCUGUCUUUGCUUUCCAAAAGACCUUCUCUCAGAGUUACUUCAGAGUUUGACAGUGAUAGCCGCGUAUUCUUUCACAAGGUGUCUUGUAAGCUGUUUGACAACCUUGCCAAGCUCAAACUAUCCUUCAUCAACAACAGCAAACGCGAGAUCUCGGAGCCCCAGUUGUCGUUAACUUCAAAUUACUUGUCCAUCCACUAUGAUCCUGAAGAACAAAAUGCCCUUAUCAAGACCUCCUUCGAUGUGGGUCCUAUGUUGCAUUUCAAAACUACCCAUGAUGUCAAGGCACAACAAGGUGAGGUGGCAAUGAUGGCAAACCUUUCCGAUCCCAGCUAUGCUGUAGAAGUGUCAUCACCUGUUCCAUAUGUUGGUCUGCCUAAAGCAACAAUUAGAUUUCCGAUGGGUGAAGUUACAUUAGAGGAGAGACAAGAGGAGGAAGUGCCAAGAACAUUGUCAAUAAAUGGAAUUCUUAAAGGUCAAAUUUUGAAUGGGGUUUGUGCUGCUCAGUACACGGAUGAAGAACUGAAACUAAGAUACUUGUAUAAGGUGUUCAAAGUUUUGACCGAUCACCUUCUUAAUAAGAAAAUGCUGGGUUGGAAACAUUAUGGAUGUGAUGGGGCAAUGUCAUUUAUUCCUAGCAUUUUGCUACCAUCAAAUGCUGUAUCAUUUGCAUUCAAGCGACGUUUCAGUCCAUCUGAUAAAUUGAGCUACUGGUACAAUCUUGAUUCAAAUUAUUGGAGUGCUGUGUACAAGCACACAUAUGAAAAAGACUUGAAAUUCAAAGCUGGGUAUGAUUCAGAGGUUCGACUUGGCUGGGCUUCUCUAUGGGUUGGAGAUGAAAAUGGCAAGGCAAAGACAGCCCCAAUGAAGAUGAAAGUCCAGUUUAUGCUCCAGGUACCACAGGAUGACAUUAAAUCAUCGGUGUUAAUGUUCCGUGUUAAAAAGAGGUGGGAUAUAUUGUAGCCCCAUGCUGAGGGACAGCCUUUUCGAGCUCCUCAUGCAUUCUCUCUAUAUAAUGGCGUAGUUUUAGGACACUUCCUGAUGAUGCUAAUUAAAGUUACUCUUAAAAUAAUUUCUUCUCAAUAUGAAUUGAUCGAUGUCCCUCAGGGGGCAUAAUGAAGCAUUGAAGUGAGAUAAUGAUGUCGAGUGGAAUUUCAUAUUUUCAUAUUUACUAGAAAUGGUACGUUCCUCGUUCAAUUCAUCUGCAGCUUAAGCAUACCUCAUUUUGUGAGCUAAAUGGGAGCAAAGCUGGUUUCCAACUCUGCUUGUAACUCCCUGAGUUGUGAAAUUGUAUCUACAUUUCUUUUAUACUUGACAAAUGAGUAACUAAAAAAACUAAUUCAGCAACUGCGACAACAUGGCCAUUUAGUUAGUUCCUAAUUAAUUGCUAUUCUUUUGCGCCCAUCAACUAGCAGUUUAAGCAUAUAACAUGCAAAAGUUGGUCUAAUUGGUUUUAACAAAUCAUGCAUAAAGUGCAAUUCACUAACAUAAGUCUGUAAAUGGCAAUGAUAAAAACUGUCGCGUGAGGCUCAGUUAUGG